AUGGCACCCAUGCUAGAUGAUUGGGAUGCCUCGAGCAGUGAGCACAUACUGCCAAAACUCAAUCAUAGCCCUUCUCUCAAGAGCAUACUUUACGUCGAUGCAUACGACUCAUUCUCAUACAAUGUGGUCGCCAUGCUGGAGGAGACCUUGGGGGCUAAAGUCACGGUGAUAACCAUUGACUCAGACUGGCCCGAUUCCAACAUGAUCGAUUUUCUCCAGCACUACGAGGCCAUCGUACUCGGACCAGGGCCAGGAGAUCCUAACAUUCCCUCCGAUGUCGGCAUCAUGAGAGACAUCUGGAAUCUCCACGACUCGGAUCUCAUGCCAGUUUUCGGUAUCUGUCUAGGAUUCCAGAGCCUUUGUCUUCAUCACGGUGUUCCAAUUGAGCGGCUCCCGUACCCGCUUCAUGGCCAAAUUCACAAGAUUUCCACGUCCUCGAAGGAUAUCUUUGAAGAUUUACCUGAGGUAGAGGUCACGCUCUACCACUCACUCUAUGCCAACUCAGCUUCUUCCACUUCGCCCGAGCUAGAAUAUCUGGCUUGGUUGUCAUUAACGGAUCGGCCGGAAACACCCAUCCCCAUGGCAGUCCGCCACCUCCAGAAGCCUUUCUGGGGUGUUCAGUUCCACCCGGAGUCCUGCAAAUCAGAUUUCAAUGCCUGUAAGGCACUUCUUCAAAAUUGGUGGAAAAUGGCUCUUGCAUUUAAUAAGAUUGUCGGACGCGGGGGAUAUUGUUCCCUUCCUGAGACAGUUAUCAGCCCUCACACUUCUCCCACCCCAUUCCCUGAUGCUGCAUAUGAAAUGCUCAAAUGGAGCAAGUCGGCUUCGAGGUGUUCGAUUGCUCGGACUUUCCAACGAUCUGACCUGACUGCAGAGACCAUUAGUGAGUUUUUCAACAAACCAGGUACUCCGACAGUCGUGUUUCAAUCGAAUGGCCAAUAUAGCAUCGUCUCGGUGCCAAGUCCUGGCUCAUGGCGAUUGGAAUAUACCGUUGAUACGCACGUCCUUCAUUUACUCCAGCUAUACGGUGAACACCGGGAUGUUGAGAGUCGUCUUACCGUUGCUCAGUUGUGGGAUGCAUUGCGCUAUCUGAUGGAAAUGAAGAAGGUCAACUCUGGAAGUCUGCAGGUACCAUUCUGGGGUGGUUUCCUGGGUUAUUUCUCCUAUGAACUUGGUCUCACUUGUCUGCCCCAUCCAGGCUCAGCGCAGGCUUCUGAGACACCGAAGCCCUCUGGCACAGAGAACGCUUCGUCUCGUUCUUCUUUCGCGGAUCCCCCCGAUGUCAGCCUUUUGUGGUGUGAAAGAAGUGUAGUUGUCGAUAAUGCUACUGGUGACGUUGUUAUCCAAUCUAUUCGCCAAGAUGAUACAACCUGGCUCGAUGAAACACUACAGCAGCUGCAGGGCCUCUCAACUAGUGACAGCAAUUCACUUGGGGAGCACGGUUUGGAUUCUAUUCUCAGGGAAGCCAAGAUUCAGUUGCCCGAGGAAAAAAAGUACAAACAACAAAUCGAGUCUUGCCAAGCAGAGCUAAAAGCCGGCGAAUCUUAUGAGCUGUGUUUGACAUCUGAGACAUCAAUCACCUUGCCAGUUUCAGAGGUGGAAUCGGAUCGUGUCGUGUUCCCCUGGAAGCUGUACAAGCGACUCAAAAAAUACAACCCAGCUGCAUUCAGUGCUUUUGCUGAUUUGGGAGAUACGAAGAUUGCCAGCAGCAGUCCGGAGUGUUUCCUCAACUGGGACCGCCACUCUACAUUGGAGAUGAAACCAAUGAAAGGCACAGUCCGAAAGUCUCCAGACAUGACCAUGGAAAAGGCUUGUGAGAUCCUCAGCUCCACCAAGGAGAUGGCCGAGAACCUGAUGAUCGCGGAUUUAAUCCGCCAUGAUCUAUAUGGUAUCUGUGGAUCAGGCGGUGUUCACGUCGAGAAACUGCUGGAAGUCGCCGAUUAUGGCCGAGUCUACUCAAUGAUUACCCACAUCAAAGGCAAAGUCCGUCCCAACCACCCUGGUUUUGCGGUGCGACAUAUGCCUCAACUGCAUACCCCCAACAUGUCUGUCCAUGGCCUGACUACCCUCCAGCGGUGUCUGCCACCUGGUUCCAUGACAGGUGCACCAAAGGAGCGCUCUUGCAUGCAUCUUAAAACAAUUGAGAAUCGCACGCGUGGCAUUUAUUCCGGUGUCAUGGGCUUCCUGGACCUUGGUGGCGGCGGAAGUUUCUCGGUACUGAUUCGCUCAGCAUUUACCUGUUAUGGUGGACACGAUUACACCGAGAAUAAGCAGCAGACCUGGCGAAUUGGAGCCGGGGGUGCCAUCACUACGCUCAGCACAGCGGAGGGGGAAUGGGACGAGAUGUUGACGAAACUCCGUGUUGUUUGCAACGUCUUCAAGCCGCUUGAUGCAGAUGAGAAAGCCAUUGCCGCUUCUUAA